ACCGAAUGUGCCUAUAGCAACUCCAAAAUCGGCGCCAUACCUCGAUCCGAAACAUCUACUUAUCAACGCCCAAUUCCACUCGCCCACACCAUACCAACAGCCUGUUUCUCGCCCCACCAUGUCCGAAGAUUCGAGGUCAACGGUUGACCUAAAUGCGCUUCCACCAAAGCCCCGCGCGCCUGCAAAUGUUAUGCCCGGCGGUACAGCGCAUACAGCAGGCGGUGAAAAGACAUCAGAUGCCGGUCCUACAUACAUCGACGCAGUACGAAGUCUAGGGCCAGAAUAUUACUUCAACUUUCACAAGCGACCGUGUGUACGAGACAGUCAAUUGCAAGGGUUAACAGCUGGCUUUGCAGGAGGAAGCUUAGCAGCUAUAAUAGGCAAGCCCGUCAUCACAGCUUCAAAUUGGGCCGUGGCAACUUGGUGUGGUGUUUCUGUCGUUUCUUAUCAAGUAUGCCAGUACUACCGUUCUAAAGAAAAGGCUGGAAUAAAACAAGCACAAGAACUCAUGGAGAAGAAGCGCGCGAGUAUCGAGGCCAAGAAGGAAGCCAGGCGGAGGGCGCGAGAGGAACAAGACCGGUUGGAGAGGGAGCAGAGGGCAGAGGAAGAAAGGAGAAGAAGCUGGAGAUACUGGUAUCAGAAGAAUAUCAAGUUCUGGUAGCAUAUAUCAGGAUAGAGGAAGUGAAGAGUGGUGGAAGCUGGGCACAGCAUAUGUAUAAGAAUAUGUACAAUAUGAAACAUGAUACGAGAAAAAUGGCGUGUGUAAGUUAUUUGGAGGAUUCGAGAAAUCCAACCAUUGCCAAACCG